CACCUACUUCACCAGGACGAAUUCACCUGCAACAACGGCCUGUGCAUUGACCUCGACUUGCGUUGCGACGGCCUCGAACAGUGCACGGACGGCAGUGACGAGUGGUGUUCCGCCCUUCUGCCGCUGCCACGUACGUACAAGAAGGAACGUCCGCACAGGGAUAUCACGGACCUGAAUCUCACCGUGGUUCGGAUGGAUGUGUUGGAGGUCGAUGUGUAUGACAACACGUUCAAGGUCAAGAUGGAGCUUCGAACCAGCUGGCGAGAUAGGAGAGUCCAGCUGUCCCAACUGAGGAAUGACUCUUCUGACAAUGUCCUGGAGAGAGAAAGCCUGUGGACUCCGGCUUACAGACUCGAGAAUGCUGUGUUCGAGGAUGAGUUGUCGCACUUGAGCAAGGAGGACAUGAAGAUUGUACUUUGGGCAUACAAGGACGGUCCUGGGAGAGUCCACGUGCACGAAGGAGUGGAGGGCUUCGUGUACAAUGCCGAGAUGGACGCCUACCUGGAGCUGGUGGAGGUCUUCGUGUCCUCCUACAGCUGCCAGUUCGAGCUCGGUCUCUUCCCCUUCGACGUCCACGUGUGUCAUGCCAACAUCUCGCUCCUGCAGCAGAGCAAGUCCUUCAAGGCUGCUUACCGACGUGUUGACGUCAGUGGGACCCCGAAAUCGAAGGAUCUGCCCCUCUUCACUUCGUCCAAGGUGUGCUACAUACAUCAGAUUGGUGACAAUGACAGAAUUACUGGCGUUAGUUUCCAGAUCUUGCUGGAAAGGCGCUAUGGAUCCUUUAUAUUCACCACCUUCGGCCCUUGUUUGGUUCUUAACCUUAUCGGCUGUUUAACUCAGUUCUUUGCCGUGGAUAACUUCAGUGACCGCAUCAUGGUGACCCUGUCGUGCCUGAUUGUGGUAGCGGCCCUCUUCGCCCAGAUCGCCACCACCACGCCCUCGUCAGCGUCGCCCAAGGCUAUAGACAUCAUCUUCUUCGCCAUCAUUAUCAGGCUCUUUAUGGUUGUCCUUCAUCACACCAUCCUCUUCGUGCUACAGGUGUACAAGAAGAGAUGCCAAGAAGCAGCGGAUCCGGACAAGUCAAAAGGCACCGCACGACGGGACUCCACGCCGGGCCCUGCAGUCUACAUCCCUCCCGAUGUCCGUUUGCCUGUGACUCCUUGGGACGCGUCUGGCCACGAGUCCAAGGCUCCUUUAAAGGCGUGGUCUUCAGCGGACGGAGAGAAAAUUAAUAUGGGGAAAUGUCAAGCAUAUUUAAGCAAGGGAGCCACCAAGAUGAAGAGGGAAAGGCGAACGUGCGACCAGAUUUUCAAUGUUCUAAGCAUUUGUAUCGGAAUGAUGUUUGACGUUAUACUGUCUUCUCUCUAUUUCAUAGCAAUAAUAGCGUUCCGAAAUAACAUCAUAAACGAUGCUACAAAUUGUCUAUAUUAAUGAUGAGGCUGCAUUAAUCCUAGGAUGAUAUGGAUGAAACAAGUGUCAAUUUCAAGGACCAGGAUCAUAUUAUCACUAAAACUUACUAUUUCUUUAGUUACCCCCUAGUAAAGAAGUACUAGGGGAUACUGCACUAUUUUCGUUGUGUAGGCAAAUGUCAAAUAUUACCUGGAUAAACACUAUUACCACAUA